GCUCAUGGUCUGCAUCAGAUCAGGUCUCCAAGUCCUACAGAGAAGAUGAGGUCCAGUCUGUUGUUCCUGGUGGCGGUUCUGCUGUGUGGUCUGGUCAGCGCUCAACAGGACGGGCUGCCUGAGAGGGUCCAGAAACUGGAGAGCGACAACGACGUGUGGGUUAAAUCUCGAGUGGCGUUUGCCGCUGCGCUGUUCGACACCGACACCUGGACCAGCAUGAACGAAUCUACAGCUGAUAGAACUCUGGAGUUCAAGAAGGUCGUCACAAACAUCGGCAACGGAUACGACCCGCAGACAGGAAUCUUCACCACCCCUGUUAAAGGACUCUACUACAUCCAGGUCACUGGGGUAGUCGGUAACAACGGUCAACUUAACGCCGGACUAAAGAAAAAUAGCGACCUCAUGUUUGCAAUCUAUCAGAAAUCAGGACUCCAAACCAGCGCCUCCAAUGGCAUGACGCUGGCCCUGGAGCAGGGCGACCGGCUGUAUGUCCAGCUCUGGAAGGGACAGACUAUUGCAGACCAGGGACGCCUCAGCACCUUCACAGGCUUCCUGGUCUUCCCCAUGUAGGUGGAGAUCUGAGAUGUUGUUCAGAACGUCACUCUGAACCCUGAGACCUUUGCUUAAGACCAUCAAUUUAAAAACUUCUGACCUUUUGAAAGAAAU